UCCCCAAGGAAGAGAGGACCUCACUAGUGAAGAGGGAACCCUCAGAACCGAGGACACCAUGGCUGCGUCAGCCCCUCUGCGGACCCUGGAGGAGGAGGUGACCUGCUCCAUCUGCCUCAAUCACCUGCGGGACCCGGUGACCAUCGACUGUGGCCACGUCUUCUGCCACGGCUGUACCACUGACAUCCCCUCGUUCAUGCGCAGCCGCCCCAUCUGUCCCCUCUGCAAGAAGCCUUUUAAGAAGGAGAACAUCCGGCCUGUGUGGCAGCUGGCCAGCCUGGUGAAGAACAUCGAGCGCCUGAAGGUGGACAAGGGCAGGCAGCAGGGAGAAGCGGCCCAGGAGCAGUCGGACGUGCAGCUGUGCGAGCGGCACCAGGAGAAGCUGUACUACUACUGCGAGGACGACGGGAAGCUGCUAUGCGUGAUGUGCAGGGAGUCGUGGGAGCACAGGUCCCACACGGCCUUCCUGAUGGAGAAGGCCAGGUAGCUGCACAAGGUAAA